UCCUCCCUUGUCCAUCCGUUCUAAAAGCACGCCUCGGCUUCUUCUCUCCUCACCACCCUGCGAUACUGCAAGCACAAUCCGAUGGCAUCUGCUGUGGCGGCGCUCACCGUGGGCUUGGCCUCACCCUCCUCCGCAACCCAAAAGAGGGCCGUUUCAGGCUCCGAUGCCUUCUUCCACUCCAUGAGGAACCCCACGAAGGCCGGCAGGCAGACGCCGAGGCCCCAGCGCCGCUCCCUCCAGGUCCGCGCAUCCUCGUCGACUCCGUCGUCUGUGAAGGAGCAGGCGCUCGCGGGGUUGACGGCAGCGGCCUUGGCGGCGGCGUUGGUGAUCCCGGACGUGGCUGAGGCCGCCCAGCCGGGCCUCUCCCCGUCCCUCAAGAACUUCCUGCUCAGCAUCGUCGCUGGUGGCGUCGUGCUGAGUGCUAUUGGAGGGGCAGUCAUCGCCGUCUCCAACUUUGAUCCCGUCAAACGGAGCUGAAGCUGAAGCUAAAGCUGGAGAGCAGACGUUCUUUGUAAUGCUUGAAGUAUAUGUUUUCUCUAUCCUCCCUUCCUCCUUCCAUGAAUUCUCUUUAGUGCUUACUCGCUGUAAUUUCUACUCUUGCUAAUUCUAAGGUGUUCGUUAACUGGAACCUUUCCACCCA